CCUAUUGCCUAUAGAAUAAAAAAAAAACACGUGUCAAGCCAUGAGAACCGAAUCAAAAACCGUGUUAAAAAGUGUUGAACCAUGGGCCAACUGUAUUGUUAAAUCCCUAGAAUAGACCUAAGCAUUCAUUCAGUUGUUCAUGCAUAAAAUGAGCUCCUAUAUAUAAAAUAAGAGUAUAUUUUCUAGCGAUACUGGCCUUGAAAACCCUCGUUUUUAUUGUAUGAUGUUAGAACAGAAGACUCUUUAAAUAGGAAAAUUAAAACGUCAGCAUUUGUUCAAAAUGAAAAUAGGAAAUGUCUUUUAAGCUCACUGUCUGUGUAUAAUAUCCAAUCUCCGUCAUCAGUGACGAUGUCAUCAGUGUUCUCUCAGCUGAUUGGCCAGUGGCUGGAUGUUCAGGGAUUCCUGAUAUUUCUCUGUGUGCUGCUGCUGGUGAAACACUUCCGAGAUGUUUAUUCAAAGAACAUGCCCCCAGGACCCUUCCCUCUGCCUUUUGUUGGAAACCUCACAAACAUCGGCUUUAGUGAUCCACUGGGCUCCUUUCAGAGGAUUGCAGAGAAGUAUGGAGAUGUGUGCACACUUUACCUGGGAACCAAGCCCUGUAUACUGAUGACUGGAUAUGAUACUUUAAAAGAGGCUUUUGUGGAGCAGGCGGACAUCUUUACGGACCGACCGUACUUUCCUAUAGUGGACAAGCUUGGAAAUGGGAAAGGUCUGAUAAUGUCCAGUGGUCACAUGUGGCGUCAGCAGAGGCGUUUUGCUCUGGCAACAUUGAAAUACUUCGGUGUGGGGAAGAAAACUCUAGAAAACGCCAUCCUGCAGGAGUGUCGCUUUCUCUGUGACUCCUUACAGGCUGAACGAGGUUUGCCCUUUGACCCUCAGCAUCUUGUGACCAACGCUGUGUCUAAUAUCAUCUGCGGGUUGGUAUUCGGUCACCGCUUUGAGUACGAUGACCAUCAGUUUCAUCUAAUGCAGACGUACAUCAAUAACAUCCUACAGCUUCCCAUCUCAAACUGGGGUCGGUUGUAUAAUGAGUUUCCCACCCUGAUGUCGCUGCUGCCAGGAAAGCACCAGACGGCGUUCGCCAGCAUGUCUAAACUUCAGCCAUUCCUAAAGGAGGAAAUCACCAAACACCAGCAGGACAGAGAGCCGUCCAGCCCCAGAGACUACAUCGACUGCUAUCUGGAGGAGAUCGAGAAGUGUAAAGACAGUGAUGCCGAGUUCACGGAGGAGAACCUGAUGUUCUGUGUGGUGGAUCUGUUUGGAGCAGGAACAGAAACCACUUCCAACACUCUGAGAUGGGCUUUAGCUUUCAUGGUCAAAUAUCCUGAUGUUCAAGAGAAGGUGCAGUCAGAGAUCGAUCAGGUGAUUGGACAGACCCGCCAACCACUGAUGGAUGACCGGACAAAUCUGCCGUACACCUAUGCCGUGAUCCAUGAAAUUCAGAGGUUUGCCAACAUUGUUACCUUUACGCCUCCCAGAGUGGCCAACAAGGACACGACAGUGGGAGGACAGCUCAUCCCAAAGGGUGUGAUUGUUUUGCCGAUGCUGAAACCAAUCCUACUGGACAAGAAGGAGUACAGCACUCCAUACGAUUUUAACCCGGAUCACUUUCUGGACCAAAAUGGCAAGUUUUUAAAGAAAGAAAAUUUCAUCCCUUUUUCAAUAGGUAAGCGGAUGUGUCCAGGUGAGCAGCUGGCCCGUAUGGAGCUCUUCCUCUUCUUCAUCUCUCUGAUGCAGCAUUUCACUUUCCUGCCUGUCGAGGGACAAAAGUUGAGUCUAAAAGGAACCACGAGCGUCUCUUCUGCUCCUCAACCCUUCCAGAUCCGUGCUGUGCCUCGAUAGACUGUCAGAUUUCUUAAAGGAACAGUACACCAACAUAUGAACUUUUCCUCAUCAUUUCUUCACACUCAGGUGAUUCUGAACUUUUAUGAGUUUCUUUCUUCUGUUAAACACAAAGCAAGAUACUUUGAAGAAUGCUGGAAAAAAAAAACAUUUAUAUAGUUGGAACCAAAAUAAUACCAUAUGCUACUCGAAUACGAUGCAUUAGCAAACAUGAAUAAUAUGUUCAUGUUUGGAGUUUGUGCUAAAACACUUUUAAAAGAGGAUUAAACACAGUUGUGUGACAACAGUGUGUGAAUAUAACCAGCUUCUAAUGGUAAAAUGUAAUAAUUUUUAAUUUUGUAAUCGCUCUUGAUAAAAAACGUCUCCAGAAACACUUUGAUUGACAUUCUCCUUUUCUACGUGUCAUCAAAGGGGGAAAGCCCCGCCCACUAGUGAUGAUCUCUCCCUCAUUAGCAUAUAGGGCGUUAAGCCUGGUUUAUCAUUUUGAGUCAAGCAGCUGUGCAUUUAUA